CAGUCAAUAAAAAUAUAGUAUUUAGAACACAGAAAGCUGAAAGCAGAAAGGAACACCGUCAAAACAACAUUAUGUCAACAAGAAAUCAUCCACAAAUGGCACCGCCACCACCACCACCCAAACCCCUCAAAGCCCCUUAUGCAAAUGGCAGUACUAAUGGCACUUUGGCGAAUGGUACUACCAUCAAUAAUGGCAAUACAGCUUAUUUACCAACAGACUCAACACUACAGCACAACAGCCAGAAGCUAAACGGCCGUAGUCCUUGCCACACGCCACCGCGUACAGAUCGCGAACAAGUUGUAAUGACGCCCAAAGGAAAAACUGCAAACAGUACCAUCAUUUUGAUUGAACGCAAACUGGUCGAUGAAGUAAGUGAUCGUGUUCAUGUGGCCGGUGGUGAUCACACCGGCAUUAUCAUCAAUAAGGAUACGAUGAGUGGUCAGAAAUCGCAAUCGUUGCCAGCACAAUUGUCUCUGGAAUUCCGGGUGUUUUUGGUGAGCGCCAAUUCGGGCAAACACUCGCAAGAGUCGAGAACUUUGAGAUUUUGGUUCAGAGACUGGCUGAAGAAUGACGACGAACAGGCUCAUAUAGCCCAGGACUUUUUCAAGGAGUUGGUUAGUCCUAAAGAUUUUCCCAGAGAUUAUGUGGGUUUCAUCAAAAAGAUUAUGAAAUUGAUGCAAAAAGGUUACGAUGAGAUUCAAUCUUUGGAAAUUGAGCUGCGCAUUCUAGAGGAAACCGCAGAACCACCAUCCAGACCACCUCGUGAUGGUUACAUUAUUUAUUGUUAUGGUGAUUGCAAUCGUAAAUAUGAGGAGGCUAUAAUGGCCCAAAAACAAACAGUGUCCAUGGAUGAGACACAAUUUGAAUCUCCACCACUGACACAGGAAAAAGUACUCGAACUAAUUGAACAGGCCUAUCCAAAUCCCAUAACACCCGAAGAUUUAGCCAAAGACUAUGGCUGGGAGGAACAGGAUGUCAUAUUGGUAUUCAUGUCAUUGAAAGAAAGAGGUCUAAUUAAAUCAAUGGAAUAUAAUUCUUAUACCAGAAUACAUCAUGAAGACAAAGAGAUAAAGGUGGUCAAACAAAUGCCUACCAUAGCCUCCAACAAACAACCCACCAUUGCUAUUAUCACUGCCCAAUAUUGCGAAAAAUUGGCUGUGGAUGCCAUGUUGGAAAAUAAGGAGACCUUUGUACGCUACACCACAGUGGAUUCAGAUCCCAAUCUAACGAAUUCUCUGAAAAAGUCCAAAAAGAAAAGACGUUUUGGUGAAUCAAACGUUUAUACUCUUGGCAAUAUUGGUGCUCAUCGUAUUGUCAGCACAAAGCUGCCCUCGGUGGGUAGUACUCGUGAGGCCAUGACAGCUACGGGCAACACCACCACUCGUUUAUUGGGCACAUUCCAAAAGGUUGAUUACGUGUUUGUGGUGGGUGUAGCGGGUGGUGUGCCACAUUAUACGGAUUACAAGAAGCACGUACGUUUGGGUGAUGUGGUCAUUUCGUAUGUGGACAAACAGAGAGCAUUGGCUAAUAGCUCCGAAAAACCCUAUGUUUAUGUGUACAAGAGUGGCGAAGAUGUUAAAACUUAUUUCCCCAUUAACGAUUCCUUGCAACAAAUUGCCGAAGGUCUGCACUUGAAUAUGGAUGCUAAACGUCCUUGGGAAAACUAUCUGAAAGAGGGCCUCAACAUGUUGCAACAAAAAACCGAAACCGAUUUCAAUCGUCCUGCCCCCAAUACCGAUAAACUGUUCAUGAAUAUCGGCAACAAUGAGGUCAUUGAGGUUUCACAUCCCCUAGGAGCCGAUAGUGUUGAUGGCCUGCCAAAAUCCCGCCUUCAUUUGGGUCCCAUUGGUUCGGGCCGUGAUUUGGUGCGUAAUGAUAAUUUACGCUUUGAAUUUGCCAAGAAAUAUGGCUUAUUGGCUACGGAUUUGGAAAUGAGUUCAGUGUUGGACAGUAUUAUUGGUAAUUGCCGGGAAAGCUUUAUAGUCAUUAAAGGUAUUUCCGAUUAUAAAGAUGGUACCACCACCCGUAAAUGGCAAAACUUUGCUUCUUUAGCUGCAGCCUCUGUAGUAAAAUCCAUCAUUUGUGGCAUGGAUGCUCCCACAAAUGUUUAAAUUAAAUAUUUACAUACGUACAUAUGUAUAUGUAUUUUUAAUUUCUAUUUAAUAAUCAAAAUAAGCUUUUAUAUGGAUGUAAUAACAAGGCAUUUAGGUUUUUGCAAAUAAUAAAUAUUUAAUUAUUAGUUUUAGCACUAAAACAAACUUAAACAAUUACAAUUAAAGCAAAAUAUAUAAAAUUUAUAUCAUCACGCAGAUUUUUUUUGUAACUUCUAAUAUCUAGAAAUGCAACAUAACCUAAGAUUUUUUCCUACUUUUAUUUGAUUAUUGUUAUGAAUUUUCCUUUUUUUUAUAUAAACUUUUUGUUAUUUUUUUAUAUAUUUUUUUUGCCUGUUUGUUUUUUAAAAUAAUAAUGUAAAUAGUUUAAUAAAUUUUAUAAAUAUUAUUAUAAAGAAAAUAAAUUAUUUUAUAACAAUUAUAUACGAUAAAUAAAAUCAAAUUUCUUUAGAAAUAAA